AUGUCUUUCCUCGGUAUGGGCGGUCGCCCCAAGCCUACCUCGGAGGAGAAGGUCGCCAUGGCCGAGUCCGAGAUGCGCCUCCUCGCCGACAUGCACAACCGCCUGACCAAGGCCUGCCAGACCAAGUGCCUGCCUGAUAACCGCGAAGCCGAACUCAACAAGGGCGAGUCCGUCUGCCUCGACCGCUGUGCCGCCAAGUUCUUCGAGGCGCACAUGAAGGCCUCUGAGGUCAUGCAGGCUGAGAGCCAGAAGAGGGGCGGCAUGGGCGGUGGUAUGUUCUAA